AUGGUCAAUAAAAGAAAAAAAGUUGUCAAACCGAGACAAGAAAUUUGUAUGCCAUUAAAAUGGUUGUGCUUUUUAAUUGGAUUUGCAUUAUUUUUAAUUGGUAUUAUUCUUACGGGCUUGGGAGUUUAUCUUAUUGUAACAGACUUACGACCAUUACAAGAUCUCAUUGAUAUUAUAAUUAAUCCAUCAAUUUUACUAGCAAUAAUUGGUUCUUUUAUCAUUUUUGUCGCAUCAUGUGCUUUUUGGGGUGCACUUCGUGAAUCUAGUUAUCUUCUAAAAAUCUUUUCAUUUACAAUUUUUUUAUCUUAUCUUAUAACUGUUAUUUUUGCUUUUCUUAUAUUUUUUACUUUCUAUACUCAUCCUGAUGAUAAUAUUUCUGCACAAAGUAUCAUGUUAUAUGCUAUCAAAAAUUAUAAUAAUAAUAGAAAUGUUGCUGAAUUUGUUGAUUAUAUACAAGAACAGUUUGAAUGUUGUGGAGCCUCAUCAAUUUCUCAGGGAUAUAAAGAUUGGUUGAUUAAUGAACAAUUUAGUUGUAAUAUUUCUAAUCCAUAUCCUGAAAAAUGUAGUGUACCAUUUUCAUGUUGUAGAAAAUCAAAAAAUAUUGUUAAUGAAGAUAAUUUACAAACAAAUAAACUUGUUCCAGCAAUGGCUUCAUUUCAUUGUUGGAAAGAUGUACAAGAUAAAAGAGUACAAGAUAUAGAAUCUAGAAUUAAUACAUUUGGUUGUAUUUAUCCAAUACGUCAAUUAUUUGAAAAAAAUGCUGUCUACCUUGGAACUAUUGUAUCAUUAAUUAUUAUGCCAGUUUGUUUAAUAAUAUGUUUAUCUCAUGUAUUGGCAAAACAAAUAGAUUACCAAAAAUAUUUAUUAGAAAGAGAGGCACGAAGAUAUGAAAGAUAUCAACGUCGUGAAGCACGUCAAAGAUACAAUGAACAUUAUUCAGCUGUCCUUCAAACAUAUAAAUUAAAUGAAGAAGAUGAUUUAACAGAAAAUUUAAAUAAACCUCAUGAAGUAAGAAAGCAUUCCAAUACACAACAUCAUUAUAAAAGCCAUCAAAAAAAUGGAGCACCAACAAAUGGAGUUAUUAAAUUAUCAAAUUGUCAAAAUAAUAAUACUACUUCAGUGGAAGCCAUUGAAAAUAAAAGGGUAAUUUCAAAUAAUGAAGGUAAUUCAAGAAAAAUUUCUAAAAUGUCGCAGCGAUCAUGA